UUGACCCAGUUACUAAUUCUUUUGGUUUGAUAUUAUUAAAAAAGAAUGGCAUUUUUGUUAUCUACAGUUGCAGCAAGCAAGCUAAGCUUGAAACUUGUCAACAAUGAUGGUGAAUUACCAGAAACAUCAGCUGCUAACAGUAUUUUCACGGGCUUGAGUUUAGAGACCAGAACACACGACAAGAGACUCUCUUUUGUUACUUGAGCUGUUAAGAACCGAACAAGUGUUGAGUUGAAACAGGAAAGUUAUGCUAAAAUAGGGCCACGAAAACGAGGUAGAGACUUAGUUUCGAGUGAGCGAAGAAAGAAGGAUGAUAGAUAUGGACCUAUUUGCUCUGGUUGUGGGAUUUUUAUGCAAUAUAAAGAACCGAACCUUCCUGGUUAUUAUCAAAAAAGAAAAAUUACCAUUGAAAGAGAUGAAGAGGAUAUUGAAAUUGGGUUUGAAGGGUCUGAGGAAGAAUUCGAAGAGGAAGAAGAGGAAUUUGAGAAUGGAACUGAGGGUAAAUUUGAGGGAAGUGAUGGGAAUAAAGACAAUUUGGAGGAGGGAGAUAAGUUCGAUUGGGAUUCUGAUGAAUUUGAAGCAAUGUUAGGAAAAGAAGAUGAUGAUUUGGAUUUGAAUGGUUUUGCUCUUGCUGGUGUUGGUUAUGAUAAUAUUACAGAUGAAAUAGUAGAGAGAGAGGGAGAGGAAGAAAAAGAUCAAAAGAAAGUUUCAAAAGCAGAGAAGAAGAGGAUGGCUAGAGAGGCCAAAAAGGAAAAAGAUGAGGUUACAAUGUGUGCUUGGUGUCAUUCUUUGAGGAAUUAUGUACAUGUUAAGAAUCAAACAGCUGAAACUUUGAUUCCUGAUUUUGAUUUUGAUAGAUUGAUCGCUACUAUGUUGAUAAAACCAAGUGGUAAUGUCCAUGCUACUAUUGUCAUUAUGAUUGUUGAUUGUGUUGAUUUUGACGGUUCAUUUCCUAAAUGAGCUGCAAUGUCCUUGUUCAAGGCAUUGGAAGGAGCCAAGAAUGAAUCUAAAGCUAGUAAAAGGUUGCCUAAACUUGUUCUUGUAGGUACAAAGGUUGAUCUCCUCCCAUCACAAAUUUCACCUACUAGAUUAGAUAGAUGGGUCAGGCACAGAGCUAGAGCAGGAGGUGCACCUAAGUUAAGUGGAGUUUAUUUGGUUAGUGCUCGAAAGGAUUUGGGCGUGAGAAAUUUGUUGUUUGUCAAGGAAUUAGCUGGUCCUCAAGGGCAUGUAUGGGUUAUUGGGGCUCAAAAUGUAGGUAAGUCAAAUCUAAUCAAUGCAUUUGCAAAGAAAGGAGGGGCCAAAGUAACAAAGCUCACAGAUGCUUCAAUUCCUGGAACAACACUCGAAUCACAAAAGAGAAAAAAGCUUCAAGAGAUGAAUGCAGAAUCUCUUUCAGGGGUAUCUACAUGAAAGAGAAAUAAGAAAAUGCUUGCUUGAAUAGGUAAGAUUUUGGUUUCUCUCUUUUCCUUUCUGCAACUUGUUUGGGCUUAAAGCUAUAAAUCGCAACAUGUAAUAAAAACAGAUUUUGUAUUUAUUAUCCAAAGAACAGAAAUUGUAGUGAUAGAUGAACUUUUGUUUGACUGGUUAUGCAGCUUCUAAGUUUUGUUUGGUGGCAUUGAUUGUGGAAAGAAGGUUGGUUU